UGCAAAACAGAGGAAGGAAGUUGUGAGAAAUCACAUAGACAUCCAUUUCCUUUGCCUAAGCCAGAGCCAUGAUGAUCUUUCUCCUCCUCCUCUUCUCCUACAUCACUUUCCACCUCCACAAACUCAUAUUCCAGAGCAGAGCAAACUCAUGCUGCUACAUGCUGCACUACGAGUGCUACAAGGGCACCGAAGACAGGAAGCUCGACACCGAAACCUGUGCCAAGAUCGUGAUGAGGAACAAGAACCUUGGGCUGCAAGAAUACAGGUUCCUCCUCCAGACAAUAGUCAGCUCUGGCCUUGGUGAAGAAACUUACGGCCCAAGAAACGUCCUGGAAGGCAGGGAAGCCACUCCACUCCUCGCGGACUCCCUCUCGGAGUUUGAUGACAUCGCCUUCGACACCUUAGACGCCCUCUUCGCCAAGACCGGAAUCUCCCCAACUGACAUCGACAUCUUGGUGGUCAACGUCGCCCUGUUUUCCCCUGAACCUUCUCUGACUUCUAGGGUUGUCAACAAGUACAAGAUGAGGGAAGACAUCAAGACGUUCAACAUUUCCGGGAUGGGAUGCAGUGCGAGCAUUGUGGCCAUCGAUUUGGUCAGGCAACUGUUCAAGAGUCACGGCAAGGCUUUGGCCAUUGUGGUGAGCACAGAGUCGAUUGGACCAAACUGGUACUGUGGGAAGGAGAGGUCCAUGAUUCUGUCCAACUGCCUGUUUCGGUCCGGUGGGUGUUCGAUGCUGCUGACCAACAAUGGGAGCUUGAAGGGGAAAGCAGUGAUGAAACUGAAACAAUCGGUGAGAACCCAUUUGGGAGCAGAUGAUGAGGCAUACAACUGCUGCAUUCAAAUGGAGGAUAAGCUUGGACAUCAAGGCUUCCUCCUCACAAAGGGACUGACUAAAGCUGCUGCUGUAGCCUUCACAUUGAACCUAAGGGUUUUGGUCCCCAAGAUACUCCCAGUGAAGGAUCUCUUACACUAUGUCCUCCACACUUACAAUCGAAAGAUGGCGAAAGGCGGGGUUAAUCCAUCGCUUGAAGCAGCAGGAGAAGGGCUUAACAUGAAAGCAGGAAUUGAGCACUUCUGCAUACACCCUGGUGGGAGGGCAGUGAUUGAUGGGGUUGGGAAGAGCUUGGGUCUCGACGACUACGAUCUCGAGCCAUCUCGAAUGGCAUUGCACCGAUUCGGGAACACCUCGGCGGGUGGGCUGUGGUAUGUGUUGGGGUACAUGGAGGCCAAGAAGAGGCUUAAGAGAGGUGACAGGAUAUUCAUGAUUGGGUUUGGUGCAGGUUUCAAGUGUAACACUUGUGUGUGGGAGGUGACUAGGGAUUUGGCAGAUGGGAAUGUUUGGGGAGAUUGCAUUGAUUCUUACCCUCUUCCUCCACUCAAUGUCAGCCCUUUCAUGGAGAAGUUUAGCUGGAUUAAUGAUGAAGUUCUCACCCAUGUGGAUCUCACUUCUGCAUUCAACAAGAUCCAAGUUGGUUUCCUUUUCUGGAUAUUUUCUUGGUCGCGCAUUUCGUCACCACUAGCAGCUUCUUGUUACUCCCGCUCGAACCCGACCCGGAACCGCCCGACCCGGUUGGAGCCAAUGCGGUGGUCGCAGCCGCCGGGGCGGCGAAGAUGGGGUAGGAGAUGCGGCGGGGAUUGGAGAAAGGGCGGUGGCGGGGAUCUCGGAGUUGUUGGUGAUAUCGCAGUCGCGAAGAGUGCGGUGGUCUUGCAGCUCGGGCCCGCCGCUUUUGGAUUGAAGGACUAG